AUGGUUCAAGAAUACGUUUCCCCCGUGAGGGUACACAAGUACUCGUUUGAGAUGGUGAUGGCUGCAUAUGAGAUGCGGUUUCCGAGCUGCCCCCAAAUCCCCGUCGUCAUAGAGUGCGUGAUAACAGAAGAUAGCUGGUCUGCGGAUGACUCCCAGCGGCACACCAACAGACGUUGUCAACUCAACGUUGAUGCGCCUUAUCUGUUGAAAAAAAUGAUUGGUGUCGACUACAUCUACUUUAUUCAGAAGAACCACUUGGAUCUCAAGAACAGGGUGUUGGAGAUUGAGGCAACUAACGAAACUUUUGCCGCUAGAGUCUCUGUGGUCGAGAAAUGUAAAUAUUAUGUGCACCCGGAGAACCCAGAUUGGACAUGUUUCGAGCAAAGUGCUCUACUCGACGUCAAGAACUUUUUCGGUCUUGAGAGCACUGUGGAGAAGAUCGCCAUGAAACAAUAUGCAGCAAAUAUUGCUAAAGGCAAAGAACUGAUUGAGGAAUUCAUGAAGGAAGUCCAUGCUGGUGGAGUGAAGGACCUUCGUCCGUGGAACGCGUCAGACCCUGGUUACAACCGCGAACUGCGACGUGUAGUGUCUCGUGGAACAGAACCACUCUCGCCCAGACCAAUAGCAGAACAGAAGAAGCAUUCGCAACCAGAUCAGUAUACUUUGGAUAGUGAAUACAUUAAACGUUAUUUGGGCGAACUGACGCCGACGCAGGAGUCACGCUUGCUGCAGCUUAGGAAAUGGAUAGCAGAUCUACAGAAGGGCAAAGUACCAAGCGACACAACACUCCUCCGUUUUCUCCGAGCACGUGAUUUUAGUGUAGAGAAAGCAAGAGAAAUGCUGUCUCAAUCUCUACUCUGGCGGAAGAAGCAUCAAGUAGACCGGAUUCUCUCAGAAUACGAAACACCUGAUGUGGUCAAACAGUACUUCCCGGGUGGCUGGCAUCAUCAUGACAAGGACGGACGUCCCCUAUACAUACUGCGACUGGGUCAAAUGGAUGUCAAAGGACUAUUAAAAUCAAUCGGCGAAGAUGGACUCUUGAAGUUGACACUUCACGUAUGUGAAGAAGGUUUAAAACUGUUAGAAGAGGCGACCAGAUCAUCCGAACAUGCAAUACAGUCCUGGUGCCUCCUGGUCGACUUGGACGGUCUCAACAUGAGGCACCUCUGGAGACCAGGAGUUAGGGCCUUGCUUCGCAUCAUACAGAUCGUCGAAGCGAACUACCCAGAGACCAUGGGAAGGGUACUGAUUGUAAGAGCACCCAGGGUGUUCCCGAUUUUGUGGACUAUUGUUAGCACUUUUAUUGACGAAAACACUCGCAGCAAGUUCUUGUUCUACGGAGGCAAGGACUAUCUCCAGCCUGGCGGGCUGCUCGACUAUAUCCCUAAAGACCUCAUCCCAGACUUCCUUGGAGGACCAUGCAAGAGCUUUGUCCACGAAGGAGGCUUAGUUCCGAAGAGUUUGUAUGUGAGUGGGGCUUUCACUGAGCGCGAUGGAGACCCUUUGAGUGAAGACAGCAUUUACCGGUCUGUUAGCCUGGGGAAGGGUCAGGUACACGAAGUAAUAGUGCAGAACCGUGAUCCCCAAAGCGUUCUGACGUGGGACUUCGACGUCAUCCGCCACGAUAUCUCCUUCACGGUGUACCGCAGCGACCACGAGCUGGACCAUCCGGACCACACCGCUGCGAUGUGCGUGGGCGGCGUCAUGGCGGAGGAGUCGCGCUCGGUGCUGGAGAGCGGGCGCGAGGGCGAGCACUACCACCGCGUCGAGCCCACCCUCGUCUGCCACGAUGGGGAGAGUAUACAGGGCUCUCACGUGAUGGCGGAGUGCGGCAGCUACGUACUGCAGUGGCGCUGCGACGCGGCGGAGAGGGCGCAGCUCAUGUACUUCCACGAGACGCUCGCCAGCCACCACUACCGCGGCUCAAUGUCAAGCCUACAAUCGGCGACCAGCGGGUUCUCUUGUAUCAGCGGCAAGUCGGCGACCAGUACGUGCCCCUCCCGG